AUGUCGGACGUAAUUCGUAUAAAACCGAAGAAAUACAAAAAGAUGAAGAACGAAACAGAAGACUUCCUGAUAGCAUUCCUGUUUGACAUUGUCUUCUUUGCCAUAUGUUUGUGUGUAUGGUUAUACUUAAGAAAAAGGCGCGAUGAAAAUAAAAUAAGUGAUAACAUAUAUGUACUGAACAACCAAGCGCAGAGUGAAGUAAAAGCGGACAAGGAAUCAUCCAACGUGAAAGAUGAAGAAAGUAGUGGCACUAGAAGGAAGGGAAAUCGUUUUAGAACCUUCUUAAAUAUAAAGGAUGAAAAAAUUGUUAAUACAGAAAUAAAAUAUUAUUUAUUUUUUUUAAGGGCUAAUAGGAACAUUAUUUUUUCCCUGUGUGUAUUGGGAACCUUUCUGGUGUUACCACUUUACCUGUCACUUCCGCGAGAUGAUAUUAACAACCCCUCCUUCUUCCAUUACAUAAGUGCUGGUAGCAUCUCAGAUAUUAAUAUAUUAACCAUAUUGUUUUUCAUUACGGUUAUUUAUAGUGUCAUAUCGUAUACCUUUAUUUAUUUGCUUUGGAAGAAAAUUCGUCCUAGUAAAAAAAAGACGAAGAAAUUUUUGCCUCAGAAUUUUACUAUCAUGGUUUCCAGAAUCGAUAAGAAAGAAAUAAAUGCUUAUAAGAUUUACAAAUAUUUUUGUAAUUUAACAAAUAAUAAAGUGGUUUCUGCUUAUCUGAUAUUAGAUUAUUCUAUUGUGUACCAUGAGCAGAAGAAGAUUUUCAACGCCACUAAGAAUUUGAAAAUGCUCAAGGAGAAUGAGGAGAAGAAGAGUAUUAAGAGGGAGAGGUCCAGGCGCUUCCUGCGCAGCUUUCUCCACAGAGGCAGGCCCUCCAAGGUGGACCCAAAGGUGGACCCCAAGGGGGAUGCAAAAGGGAAAAACGCUUCACAGGAUAUGCCCGUGCAGUUAGAUGACGGGGGCGAACGGUUGAAUGAGGAAAAUGCCAACGUGGAAAAGGCCCAGACGGAGGGAGUCGCACCUACUACUCCUCUUACAAAUGAGGAAGGCGUUCCGACGCAGGACGUGGGAAAGGUUGACACGGAGGAUAAAGUGUGCACUACAGAGAAGGACCUCAUCGAGGGGGCAGACAAGUCCCAAGGAGAAGUGGCAGUGGCCGCCGACGGGGUAAAUCGGUCUGAGGACGAAACGAAUUGUCAAAUUAGGAACAAGGCGGAUGAGUGCGAGAGGAUGGAUGCGCAAGGAGAAGCAUACUAUGGACAAAGGAUUGGAGAAAAUGUGGCCGGCGCAGGUCGGUCAAAAGAAGGCUGCAAGAGAAGGAACAAGAGGUCAGAAUUGAGCGGAGAGGAAAAAACGAAUGAGAAGGCAGAGGAACCGAGGGAAGAGGCUAGAAGAAGGAAAGGAAGUCGUGUGGAAAGCAAAGCCAGUUUCUUAAAAGAUACUAGUGACGAGGAUGACGAUAUGCAAAGCAGCAAAAUGAAGAAGAAAAAAAAUGCCAACAAAAAUUACACAUACAAAUUAGACAUUGAAGAUGAAAAUUUAAUGAGUAACAAUAACGAAAUGUUGUUUUACGAUUUGGAUAAUUUGUCUACCAAGGAAAAUGAUAAUAUGGACGUAAAUUAUAAGAAGAAGAAAAAAAGUCGAUACAAGUCAGAGUCUAAAAGAAAUAUAUUUCAUAAAUUAUUUUUCUUUUUAAAAAAAAAUAAAAAAAGUCACUGGAAAAAAAAACUUAAGGAACAUUUGAUUAAAUUUUAUUCGAUAAAAAAUGAAACUCCAAAAACGUCUACUGGGGUUUGCUUCGUAUCAUUUAUUGACACCAAGUCCGUUCAUGACUGCAUUCAUAACAUACCUUUUACUGAGAGGAACAAGUGGAUCAUAUCCAAUGCGCCCCCCAAUUAUGACAUUAUAUGGAAGAAUUUGAAGAAUCACAGCUAUAAGGUUUGUGCGCGUUUUAUUAUUCUUAAUGCGCUGCUGUUGCUCGCCAACACGAUUAUCAUUUUGACCGUCACAUCCAUUGACAACAUCCUGAAGCUGAAGAUUAAGAAGUACCGUCAGGAGGACCCGAGCUCCGGCAACCUUAGCGCCGUUCUCAUAACUUGGCUCUCCCCAUUUAUCGUCAUUAUCGUUAACAGUAUAAUUCAGCCGGCCCUGAUUGCGGGCGUUUCGGUCGCCAUUGGGUUCAUAAGGAAGUCCAGCGAACACACAUACGUAUUGCAAGGGAAUUUUAUCUUUUUAAUUUUGAACACGAUUAUUAUUCCCCUCUUGUCUUUGUCUCCGCUCAGUUCGCUGAUAAAGGUUAUGUACUCCGACGAAAUAGGCCAGUGGUCCGCCCGCCUGGGGGCCUACCUGUUCAACUCCAGUGGGUUCUUCGCUAUGCGAUACUUGCUUCACUGUUGCUUUCUUACAUGUGGAAACCAGUUGCUUCAGAUUCCGCAGUUUUCAAUUCGAUCAAUCGUCAAAACGCUAACGAAGAAGGAAACAGGUGCAUGGAGUUUUGAUUUUGGUUACUGGUACGGAUUCAACACUACCAUUUUGGCCCUGAUAUUGACCUUUAGUGUCGCUGUUCCUUUCAUCCUCCCGUUGGGCUCGCUGUACUUCUUCCUCCGGUACCACGUUGACAAGUACAACCUGAUAUAUGAAGUAUGUCGAACGAAUUUGGACAGCCAUGGAGCUAUUAUAAGAACGGCUAUUAAGUUUAUGCUUUUUUCCGUGGCCUUUUUUCAACUUGUUAUGUUUACCUUCUUCUCUCGGGUACAAAACAAAUUCAUUUCUGUGGGCAGGAACAUCCUCUUUUUGUCUUCGUCGCUCACAACGCUACUGCUCCUGUGCCGAUCUACGGAAUGGGUAAGCACAAACCACAUAAAGAAGAAGAAAGGGAAAAGAACGUUCUGUUAUCUUUGUGAGAAAAACGUUUACGUUAGUAACUUGAAGGAUUUGAAUAAGUUGAAGUACGCUUAUGCCAACCCCUACGAAGCCAAGCGAUGA